UUAAGAUUUAGUAAGAUUUCUAAGCUGAAAAGAAUUAAAUAUGUGGUCUCGUUUACACAUCUUUAGUCUUGUUGUUUCUAACCAAAAAAUAAAUUGGCGGGAAUUAUUGAAAGGUCCAUCUGAUGUUCUUUCGUUUAGUCUUUUAUUAGGUAAUUUUUUUGUGAUCCACACAUAUCGUACUAAUAAUUGGUGAUGCCUGCUACUGGAAACAACAAGAAAAAGCAGCUAAAUGGAGGCUCAAAUGGAAAUAUUUUAAAUUUCUUCAAAAAAGUCAACAAGGCUGAAGAAGUUAAACCACCUGAUAUUGCUUCUGAUGAUAAUGAUGAUUUUAUUGCACCAUCUCCUGAACCUAAGAAAGUGCUUGAUAAUGUCACCAACCUAAGUCCACCUCAUUCAACUCUGAUUGAAUUUUACAAGAAGCGUAGAGGCUCAUAUCCAGAUGAUAUACCAGAGUUAGAUGUGACAGGGCCUCAGAGAAAGAAGGCAUGUACCUUGAAAAAGGGUAUAAAGGUGUUGUCAUUGGGGGACAUUAGCCAGGAUGAAUUUAAAAGUUACCAGGAAAAUUUAUCAAUUGAUUCAAAUAAAUCAGCCAAGAGUUCUUUAGCACAAAUGAUGAGGACACCUGAAAAGAAUAAAUAUACAUCUAGUCCUAAUAAAAAGUGUUCAAGUAGUGGUAAGAAACGCACACCAGUUAAACUGUUUCACCAAUCACCACAUAAGGUGAAAGACUUUAAAGUUGAAGUUCUACAAAAGUUUGUCAAGAUUACACCUAGUAAAACAGGGAAGAGUGAUUGGAUUGAUAUCAAAUCACCUGCUAAGAGUGAGAAGAAGCAACAGUUGAGUAUCUCUGAAUUUGCCUCACCAACUUCAUCAAGAAAAUCAUCUGUAGCAAAAUCAACCAAUGAAACAACACCAGUUAAUCAUAGGCCAUCCCACUCUGGGCACACACCAAGCGGGAAAGCUAAAGUUAAGUUAGAUUUUACAUUGUCUACAACAUAUUUAACAGUUUUAAAUAAAGAAAAAGAAGAAAAUGCAGCAAAUAAUUCGAAAAAUUUGGCAAAGUGGACAAAAUCUCCUGUGAAGAGUCCAUUUAAAGUUGAUGGUGUGUUUGAGGAUAGUUGGGAUGGACAAAUGUUUGAUUGUGAUUACAAUCUAGAUUUAAGUGCACCACACCAUUGUAAAGUACUAGAGAUUACCAAGACUGCUCACCAAGUUACUAUUAUAGUACAAUCUACUAAGACUGAAGAAAAAGCAAUUUGUAAUUUAUUUUCAUCAUGGAUUCAAACAUAUCUUGAAAUUGGUUCUGUAAUUUAUUUGCAUGCCUAUCAAGAUGCGUCCAAAGGAUGGUGCAUUGACAGUACUAAUGGAUUACUUGUUUUUGAACCAGAUUAUUUAGUUGCAAGCACAACACUUGUUGGUGCCGUGUUUUGUAAACGAAAAUGCGUUUUACGUGAACGUUUUCAUGGCUUUGAGCCUCAAAAUAAAGCCAUGAUUGUCGGCGGCCUAGUCCAUACACUACUUCAAGAAUCUCUCAAACGCAAUCUGCAGGCUGAAGAUGCAAUCACAACAGUGGCGCAUCAAUUGUUAACUUCACGCGAUGCCAUAAAAGAUAUGUUUGAGUCCUCUUUAACUUUUCAAGAAGUAUUGGAAGAGAUUCGCAUGUUUAUUCCACGUAUUAAGACUUUCAUGCAGCAGUAUCUCGCUGCAAACGCGGGCAAAUAUCAUGAGCAACUAAAUCCGGAUGAUUGGCGUGGUAAAAUCGACAGUAUUUUAGAUAUUGAAGAAAAUAUUUGGUGUCCGGAGUUGGGAAUCAAAGGCAAAAUUGAUGUGAGUGUUAAAGUCGGCAAUACAGUACUGCCACUUGAACUGAAAACUGGUCGUGCCACGAUGAGUUUGGAGCAUCGCGGUCAAGUUAUUUUAUAUAUUAUGAUGAUGAACACGCUCGGCUACAAUGUACCAUCCGGACUUUUGCUAUACCUGCGCGAAGGCGUGUUAAGAGAUGUACCAAUUAGUAAUAAUGAAAAACGCGAUUUAAUUAUGAUGCGAAAUGAAAUAGUUUACUAUCUUACAAGGCAGCCCGAAUUUGCAAAGUCUGCUGGUAGUGACAAGUGUUCGGGAUCACAAAGUGAUUGGACAAUCACUGAUAUCGAGGACUUGGUAGCAGCGAAGCUACCUGAGCCGAUAAAUCGCAGCGCGUGCGGUAAGUGCGAAUAUAAUGUGAUCUGUAGUGCGUAUUUGCAUAAAGAAGGUAGAAACAUAGAUGAAUACGAACAUCUGAAAUCACUACAACCGGAAAUUAUGGGACACUUGACGAUGAAGCACAUUAAUUAUUUCACGCGCUGGUGUGCGUUAUUAGCGUUAGAAAGCAAUGUGGAAGCGAACAAAUCAGUACGACAAAUAUUUCUCACAACACCAGAAGAGAGGGAAAAGGACGGUCGAUGCUUGAAUAAUAUGAAAUUGGAUGGUGAUGUGACUGAAAUAAACGGCAUAUAUAGCAGCACAUUUCAUGGGGAUUCGGAGGCUGUCAAUCUUCUAGCUGGGAAUAUCGUGGAGUCUAAUUAUGUGGUCGUAAGCACCAGGAAACGACCAGCGGUUGCCUCCGGAAUCGUCUCGCGCGUGGACUACAAGUCUAUUACCAUCGAAUUAGAUAGGGAUUUAAGCAAAAAAUUCGCAAAUACAUCUUUUAUUUUGGAUACCUACGAUUCUACAUCUGCGAGCACAUUUAACUUUGCAAACUUAGCGAUACUUCUCCAAUCGGAUGAAAGAGCCACUCAAUUAAGAAAAUUGAUUAUUGAUAAGGAACCACCAACGUCACAGAGAACCUUACCUAAAUCUUUCUAUGAAAAAUCUAAAACAAUUUUGAAAAACAUGAACUCUAUGCAGCAACGUGCCAUUAUCAAAGCAAUAGCAGCAAACGAUUACCUGCUUAUCAAAGGAAUGCCUGGAACUGGCAAAACGGCAACGAUUGUUUCUCUGGUUUUGCUUUUAGUUAAAGUAAACUACACCGUUUUAAUUACAAGCCAUACCCAUUCAGCGGUGGAUAAUGUUUGCCUACGAUUAUUGGAGUGCGGCAUUAAAUUAUUACGCUUAGGAGCAGAAAAUCGAAUUCAUCCCGAUUUAAAGAAGUUCAGCGAACAUUAUCUGACGAAAAAUUGCAAAACUCCGGAGGAAUUAGAUGAAGUCUACAAUAGACCUAAUGUGCUGGCUGUCACAUGCUUAGGUUCUAAACAUCCUUUGCUCUCUAAACGAACGAUGGACUUCUGCAUUGUCGACGAGAGCACGCAAGUAUUGCAAUGUUCAGUGAUAAGGGCGCUGCACGCGUCGAAGAAGUUUAUUCUGGUGGGAGAUCCUGAUCAGUUACCGCCAGUUGUCAAAAAUGAGGAAUCGCUAUCACGAGGAAUGUCGGAAAGUCUUUUCGAGCGUCUUCAAUGCCAAAGUGAAGCCACGGUUACUCUACAAUUUAAUUAUCGCAUGAACAAAACUAUUACCGCACUCGCAAAUAAUUUAACUUAUAAGGGACAACUACUGCUUGCGAAUGAUAAGGUAGCGAAUGCGAACUUGCGCAUUCCAAAAUUCGAAAGUAUGGCAGCCAUUUACAACAAUCAAUGGUUAUUAAACGCAUUGAAUGACGAAUUGGACCAAGCCGUCUUUCUGCUGGAUACUGGUCCAGUAUGGAAUAAAACACCAGAUUCAAAUUGGCUGAAACAAGGCGAAAAUAAUGAAAGCGCUGAGACCAGUAAAUGUGUAAAUGCCGCUGAAUCUGCCAUUGUAGUCACUUUAACGCACGCCUUACUAAAGGGUGGUCUAUGUCCUUCUAACAUCGGCAUUAUUGCUCCAUUCCGGGCACAAGUCGCCCAGCUUGCGGCAAUCUUACAACCACAUGGUGUGGACGUGAGCACAGUCGAUCAAUUUCAAGGCAAAGACAAAGAAGUUAUUAUUUAUUCCUGUACGAAAUCUCGUGAUGUUUCUAAGCCACGCAAAGUGUCCAAGUUUGAAAUAUUAGAAGAUCAACGCCGAUUGACUGUAGCAGUUACACGUGCCAAACACAAGUUCAUCGUCAUUGCAGACGUGGCGACUGUUCGUGAAUACUCACCGUUUGCAAUUCUGUUCAAACACAUUGAUCGAGACUGUCAGUUGCAAUUGAUUGAUGGAACAAUGGGUUUUAACUGGGAGCAAGUAAUGAAGAAUUGCCAAAAUUAUCAAUCUACUGCUUAAACUGGACUUGUUUGUCUUUCUAUGUAUGAAGGUAUGAUUCUCAUUUAAAUCUAAUAUUUAUUCUACAAAAUAUACAUUAAUUAAUCAAGGUUCAUGAUAUCUAAAUAUCAUGACAAUCAA